AUGUCAGCGGUAACUUCAUCAAUUUCAUCAUUUAAUUCAAAUAAUGAGAAUAAUAAUUCAACAAAAAUUAAAAAAUCAGGUAAUGUUGCAAGUUUUCAAUCUACUCCUUCUGGUUAUCAAACUAAUUUAACUGCAAUUGAUACUUAUGGUAAUACUUUUAAAGUUCCAGAUUAUACUAUUAAAGAUAUUUUAUCAGUUAUACCAUCUCAUUGUUAUGAAAGAAGAUUAAUUGAAUCAUUUUAUUAUGUUUUUAGAGAUAUUUUUUUUAUGUUAACUUUAGGAUUUAUUGCAAAUAAUUAUAUUGAAAUUUUACCAAAUCAAUUAUUAAGAUUUGCUGCUUGGAGUGGUUAUAUUUGGUGUCAAGGUUUAAUUGCAACUGGUAUUUGGGUUUUAGCUCAUGAAUGUGGUCAUCAAGCUUUUUCAAAUUAUGGUUGGGUAAAUGAUUUAGUUGGUUGGAUAUUACAUUCUUAUUUAUUAGUACCAUAUUUUUCUUGGAAAUUUAGUCAUAGUAAACAUCAUAAAGCAACUGGUCAUUUAACAAGAGAUAUGGUAUUUAUACCAAAAACAAAAGAACAAUUUUUAAAAAAUAGAGGUAUUGAAGAUUUAGAUGAUUUAUUAGGUGAUUCACCAAUUUAUUCUUUAUUAACUUUAAUUUUUCAACAAACUUUUGGUUGGAUUGCUUAUCUUUUUGCAAAUGUUAGUGGUCAAUCAUUUCCAAAUUUAAAUUGGUUUCAAAAAAGUCAUUUUAAUCCAAGUUCAGUCAUAUUUGAUAAAAAGGAUUAUAAUUAUAUUUUGUUGUCGGAUCUUGGUAUUUUAAUUCAAUUUACUAUUUUGUAUGUUUGGUAUAAAAAUUUUGGUGGAUUUAAUAUUUUGGUCAAUUAUUUUUUACCAUAUUUAUUAGUUAAUCAUUGGUUAGUAUUUAUUACUUAUUUACAACAUUCAGAUCCUCAAAUGCCACAUUAUGAAGCUCAUCAAUGGACUUUUGCUCGUGGUGCUGCUGCAACAAUUGAUCGUGAAUUUGGUUUUGUUGGUAAAUAUUUAUUCCAUGAUAUUAUUGAAACUCAUGUUUUACAUCAUUAUGUUUCAAGAAUUCCAUUUUAUAAUGCAAGAGAAGCAAGUGAAGCAAUUAAAAAAGUUAUGGGUAUUCAUUAUCAACAUUCAAAUGAAAAUAUGUGGGUUAGUUUAUGGAAAUCUGCAAGAUGGUGUCAAUUUGUUGAUGGUAAAAAUGGUGUUUUAAUGUAUAGAAAUAUUAAUGGAUUUGGAGUUGAUCCAAGAAAGGAAAAAUAA